AUGCACCGACGGAAGUUAGGGGUGUACGCGGGGCUCAGGCUUCCUAGUCUGAGCAUCUGGUGGUGCGCUCCCCGAAUCUGUUCAGAUUUGGAGCAGCGUGAGAAUGGAACAGUCAGGAGCCCAACUCGAGGGGCAUCGGCUGCAAUCCAUCCUGACCUGGAUGGUGCGGCUCGAGACGAAGAGCUGACCCCUAUCAUCCCUAUGCUGCGUAGCAAGAAUGAAGAUAGCAACCCCGGGCCCAAUAACUCCGGUGACGUUCCAGACAAACCUGAAGAUAGCAACCCCGGGCCCGAUAACGCCGGUGAUGUUCCAGACGGACCUGAAAAUCACCGCAGUGAGCCGACGCCAGAUGAAACUCCCCUCCAACAGGAAGCCAUGUCAGUUGAACAACUGGCAGAUGAACUGGGCCUAGAUGUCGGUCAGAUUGAGCGGGUCCGACGAGUUGCAGCCCUGUCAGAGGCUGAUCGUGUGCUGGCUACGCUCAUGUACCUCAAAUCAAUCCGAGCUCAAGUCAAACCAUCUGGUACCCAGCGUGGGCCCGAACAUGUCCCAGCCCCCGUCCAUAUCCCCCCUGUUGAUGUCAAUCCCAGUAGGGGGUUUAUUUACCAUCGCGAUGUCCGAGUACGUCAACCCACCCAAGAUUAG